AUGGAGACUACGCAGCUGCCUCUAUACCGAAAUGCUGCCGUUGGUAAUUUUAUCGAACAACAAAACAACCAUAGGUCUGAUCUCGGACCAGACAAGCAAUCCGUGGACCCGUUCUCGGAGGUCCAGGAUGACAAUUACUCCACUCACAUAUCCGUUGCUAAUGCGCAUACCCAGCUCGGACAUCCAGGCUCCUGGCAGAUGCCAUCCUUGAACAACGACCAAGGUUUACCAAGCCCGGAAAUCAAUGCUGCGCUUAUUCUGGGUCCAAAGUUGCUGGAUGAAGAGCCCGACUGUACCAACCAUGGAAAAGCGGGAGCAAGGGACCAGACGGCCGAGUCUACCAGCGAUGGCGGUAGGUCUGUCAUUACGAAGAUCCCACGCAAUGCUAUGGACGUCCAACCACAGCCCAACUCAAUGCCCCCUAUCUCCCACGAUGCUAUCUCUCGCAGCCAAUCCACCGAUACCUCGCUACCAACUGCGAUAAACUCGCAAGCAAUGUCACCGCAACCUUCCAGCUCUCUGGAACCAAUUGCAGGGCACGACCUUUCAAUUUACCCGCUCCAGCGAAUGGACUCAUUUCUCCUAACGGCAGUCGCCAGCGGCUUGCAAGAGUUACAACAACUAUCUGCCUCCCCAGAUGCCUGGAUUAGCCUGAAAAGUCUUUCAUCAUUUGACGGUUUUACGAUCCUGGGCAUAAGACCGCUCAGAGACGACCGAUGGCUACUUUUGGCCAAGGUUUUGUGCCCGACCUAUACCAAUCCUCGCCGUGACAGUAGUGCUGAAGAUGUUGUUGACUGUCAUACCGAGAACAGACGCAAGAGAAGGUUGGUCGGAAAUAGAGUCUCGCUUGUCAACACCUACGAACAUGGACGGCGAGUUGAAUCUACCAAUGGAAGAGUUUCGCGCCUGAAGCGAGGCAAUUGGAAGGAAACCGAAGAUCAAGAACUGAGCAGCAUGAUGGAAAUGGGCAUGCCAUGGUCUUCAAUUUUUGCGAAAUUUCCACGGCGUAGCGAAGCCGCCGUGCGCUCCAGGUGGUACUGUGUACUGAAGCAACUUGCUCCGUAG